AGGAAGGAAGCAGAGGGCUUGGACGUGACAUGGCGAUCGUAAGGCUGCUCCUAUCCGAAAAGAAGGGAUAAAAAAAAUCCUUCUUUAGGCCGUCUCUUCGGACUUUCCACUAACGCCGAAACAUUCUGCGCUUUUCUUUUCUCCUCCGCUUCACUUCCUCUGGUAUCUCCGCCGCUUUGCAGUAUUCCUUGACUGCCGGAGAUCCUUCUUCUUGUUCCCUUUUCAUUCGGAACCCUAGCUUCGGUCCGUGGACAUGGGCGCUUCCGCUUCCGCUUCCGAGUCCUAGCCUCAGAGCUCCAGCCCCGCGACCGACAUGGACGAAGGCGAGGGCGAGAGCUCGUCGCCCGCGAGGCCCCUCGGCGGCCCCUCCCCCCGCGACGCCUUAAGGAACGAAAUCUACGAGCGGCUGCUCGACAGCGGCAACGAGGAGGUCAUAUCCAAUCCCAACCUCCGCGACCUGCUCGACGCCCACCUCAGCCGCUUGCCCCUCAGAUAUGGGCUUGAUCUGAACAUGGAAAGAGUAGAGGACGUGCUAUUGCAUCAGAAGAUUCUUGCAGAUGCUGAGGACCCAGACAAACGACCGAUCUUCCAUGUCCGCUUCAUGAAGGUACAAAAGUGCAUUCAGACCGGUGCAUGUGAGGAUGAUGCCCAGCAACAAUCUGUGAGAAUUGAUUCAAAUGGAAAAGGAUAUAGUGAUAUUGUCCAUGAAGGAGACAUGGUGCCAAAUUUAAGAAACAGAGACCGGGGAAUUGAAUUUGAACCUUGUUCAAAGCUUGAAGAUCUGAAUUUAGAUGUUAAAGAUAUUGCUCAAGAAAUCAGAGAUUCAAAGGAGGUUCAUUCUAUGAGGCACGAUAUCAAGGAUGUCGCGAUUCAUGAGAUAAUAUUUUCAUCAAUUGACAAGCCCAAGCUCCUUAGCCAGUUAUCUGCUUUGCUUGCCGACAUUGGGUUGAACAUCCGUGAAGCUCAUGUUUUUUCAACAACUGAUGGUUAUUCCUUGGACGUGUUUGAAGUUGAUGGUUGGCCAGAAGAGGAAACAGAUGGUUUGCUGAAGGAGCUGGAUGAUGCAGCCAUUGCAUAUAAUGAGGGUUCCUUGUCUGGCGCAUCUCGUUGUUCGUCCACCGAAAAGGUGCUGGGUUCACAAUCAAAGGUUGUUGAUUGGGAAAUUGAUAGAAGAUUUUUGAAGAUGGGAAAAAAGAUUGCACGUGGAUCUUGUGGAGAUUUGUAUCGUGCAACUUACUUGGGUCAGGAUGUUGCGGUGAAGAUUCUUAGAGCUGAUCAGCUAAAUGAAGCUUUGUUGCUGGAAUUUAAUCAAGAAGUAGAUAUUUUAAGGAGAGUUCACCAUAAAAACAUUGUUCACUAUAUAGGUGCAUGUGUGAAGCCUACAGAACUUUGCAUAAUAACAGAAUACAUGACUGGUGGAAACCUUUAUGAUCAUCUACAUAAGCAGCACAUAUCUUUGGAGCUCCCACACUUGCUGAAGUUCUCCAUUGAUAUCUGCAAAGGAAUGGACUAUUUGCACCAAAACAACAUUAUUCAUAGGGAUCUCAAGACAGCAAACCUGCUGUUGGAUGCCAACAGUGUUGUAAAGGUGGGUGACUUUGGUGUGGCUCGGUUUCAGAAUCAAGAGGGAGUCAUGACUGCUGAAACUGGUACAUACAGAUGGAUGGCCCCUGAGGUUAUAAACCAUCAACACUAUGACAAUAAGGCAGACGUGUUCAGUUUCGCAAUUGUUCUAUGGGAGUUAGCAACAUCAAGGGUUCCAUAUGAUAAUAUGACACCCUUGCAAGCUGCUCUGGGAGUAAGACAGGGCCUACGGCCAGAUAUUCCAAAGGAUAUGCAUCCUACAUUAGCAGCUUUGAUGCAGAGAUGCUGGGACGAGAUUCCUUCUAAACGACCCUCUUUUGAAGAGAUAACUCAAGAACUCGAGGAACUCUUGCACCAAGUUCAGGCAUCGAGUAAAACAAGCCCAUGAUGAACGUACCCAGAGAUUCAAGUUUAAUGUCAAUUGUGAGCACCAAAGUUUUACGGUCUACCUUGCAGGACAUUAGGUUUGGCAUUGUGUACAAAGGACUUGAGAUUUCUCGGUCGCAUUGAUUCAUACAUCAUACCGCCACUAUAGGUUUUUACAUGGAAGUACAUGUUCUGUCCCCCUACAACGAAGCUGAGACAUUGAAUUCUACUGUAAAUAUUCCUCGAGCUUUUUCAUGGAUGAGGCAUCCAUGCCUGUGUCUCACAUAUACUAACCCUUUUUCCUGUCAAAUAGAACUGGGAAAUCACAAAUGGACGGUUUCGGA